AUGGGAUGCGUGCUCAGCCUGCCGUUUCUUUCGAGCUUGCUUCGACAGACUCCAAAGUACUCGUCCCCAUCCAAGAUCGUCACCACAUCGAACCCAAUUGCAUCUAACGCGCCGUCCGCUCGGCCAAGAUUUGAUCCCAAAGAGUUCACCUUCUCCAAGAUCACGGGGGGUCAGGUUCACAUGAAGCUACCCGGAAGCAUCCCGAGCGGAAUGCCGUUCUCGAUCGAGGAUUGUGAGAACUCGAGCCUCUGCAUCUUUGACUGCACGGCCCAAGUGACAGUCGAUGCUUGCAUCUCGUGCUUCAUCUUCAUCGGGCCGUGUGAGGGAAGCAUCUUCAUUCGCGAAUGCAAGGACUGUGUCAUUGUCGCUGCCGGACAGCAAUUCAGAAUGCGGGACUGCGAUGGCGUCUUUGUUUCUCUCUAUGCCGCCACCCAGCCCAUCAUUGAAACAUCCAGAGACAUCCAAGUGUCCUGCUUUUGGUACUUUUAUGAGGAGCUGGCGUCCCAGUUCGACAGAGCCGGCCUCAGCGUGUUGGCGAACGAGUGGUUCAACAUAUACGACUUCAACGAUGCCAAGGGCGUCAACUGGACAGCGGUAUCUGUGUACAACCAUGCCGAUGCAAUCAAAACCUUCACGCAUCCGCUUUGGGCUGGCUCCAAAUUGGACAAGUGGCAUGUCCCGUGCACACUGGGCCCGCUCCCUCGAUCAUCAGAGGAGAGCUUCAUCAUUCUAUCGUUUCUGUCUGUUCGCGAGCUCCUCGAGCUCAUCCACAAAAUCCCGGGAUCGCUCCAGUUUGCCCAAAUCAGGAAGCUCGAAUACAAUCCGAAGGAGGCCGAGCGCCUCUUUCUCACCCCCGAGAUUCACCGAAUCGCCAAGGCUCAAGGCAGGUGCAUCUCUGUUGAGCAAACGGCUCAAAGCCUGCCGUCCGUCACCGCCAUCGAAAUCAACGGAAGCGGGGCAUGCGAUUGGCUGCUGCGAGAGUCGGGUAUCUCGCAGUCGAACCCACUUGUGUUCUUUCGGAUCACCGAAGAGGCUGUCAGGGGCGAUCGUGUGCUAUUCUUUGGCGACGGAGCUCAGUAA